AUGGCAGUAAAAGCAGUCAUACUCGUGGGUGGCGAGACUACCGGCACCAGAUUUAGACCGUUGACGAUGGACUUCGACAAGUGUCUAUUCCCGGUAGCUGGCCAACCUCUUCUUAGUCAUAUCAUUACCAAAUUGAAGUCAGAUUUAGGUGACAAUUUGGAUGAAAUCUUUCUCAUCAGUUUCUUCAAGGACCCUGUCAAGUUCGAGACCUAUAUAAAAGAAGCCAAGUCUUUGUUUCCGGGAGUUAAAUUGUCCCUCUUGACUGAGCCUACUCCCAUGGGUACAGGUGGAGGUAUAUUCUACUUUAAAGAUAAGAUUUUGGGACUGAAGCCGGAUUCUUCGAUUUUGCUCAUUCACGGAGAUGUCGUUUGUGACUAUCCAUUCAAGGAACUUGUGAGUUUCCAGUCUGAAAACAAUGCAGAUGUGACCAUUCUCGGAAUCGACCCACCCGUCUUGCUCAAGGAUAGAGCUUUCCAUGGCUUAGACAAGGAGCAGGUUUUGAGAAGGUACGGAACUUUGUUCUCAAAUAAGCAGUCUCAUAAGGUGGUGCACUAUGUGGAGAAACCCAAGUCCGACUCAUUUGCUAAGUUUGUAGACACCGAUUACCUGACGUCUAUUAAUGGCGGAGUAUAUGCAUUCAAGCCGACCAUUUUUGACUUGUUGGAGGAAGCAAAGGCCAAGAAAUUAUCGUCAGAACCUUUCCCCAGUUACGAUGUUGAUGACCAAGAGGAUCCAUACUACCCCAACAUAUUGUCGUUUGAGUUGGAUAUUUUCAAAACUUUACCUGGAAAAGAGGGACUUACUUUCCUCAACUUUCCAUACACGCAAUCCUGGUACCAGUUGACGAAUCCAGUGUUUGCAUUGGCUGCAAAUGCCUUCUUGUUGAAGAAAGAUGCCCAGCCAAGUACAAGCACUCUAACUUCACCAGUGAAGAUAUUAAGUGACUUGAAGUUAGAUGGUAGUAAGAUCGGUCCUGACGUCUCUAUUGGUAAGAACGUCAAAAUUGGAAGUGGAGUACGCCUCAGAAACUGCAUCAUUUGCGAUGGUGUAGAGAUUGGAGACCAUAGUGUGAUUGUAAAUGCUAUAAUCUCCAGGAACGUGGUGAUUGGAAAAUGGUGUCGUAUUGAGGGAACUUUAAACAAUCCCGUUUUGGAGGCCAGUUUGGAGCAUUCCUCUAAACUCUUGAGUAAUAUGGUGAUCUUGUGCAAAGAUACCACUGUAGGCAACCAGGUGUUCGUCUACAACUCGGUGGUGUUACCUCACAAGGAAUUGCGUGGUGACGUCAAGUACGAAAUUGUCAUGUAG